CAAAGAUUGAGGUUAUAGGCUAUAUUCCUUUUAAUUUUGAUCUAAAAGAAGCAUGUUAGUUCUAGUUUGAAUUUGAAAAUAAUAUAUAUAAAAACAUGGUGCGACACAAUAAUCAGUUACCAAAUAACCUUCCACAAUUACAAAAUCUUAUCAAAAGGGAUGCCGUCUCUUAUAAUGAAGAAUUUAUGCAACAACUUAAACAUUUUCACAAUACUUUGGAAGUGUUUAAGUUAACGCCUCAUCAAAACAAUAAAACUCUAGAUGAAUUGGUGAUGUUUUUAGCACAAGUGGCCCAUUGUUAUACAAAGGAAUUAGAAAAGUUUCCUCAGCUUUUGAUCGAUCUUUUACAAAGCCACAAUACUGCUUUGGAUAACAAUACCAGAAUGACUUUAUGCAGAGCUCUAAUUUUACUCAGGAAUAAAAAUUUACUAGCACCCACUGAUUUACUAGAACUGUUUUUUCAGCUGUUGAGGUGCCAGGAUAAGUCUCUUAGAUCCUUUUUGGAAAACCAUAUAAUAACAGACAUCAAAAAUAUUAACAGCAAACACAAAAAUGCAAAAUUAAACACAACAUUACAAAAUUUUAUGUUCACAAUGUUAAAAGAUACUAAUACUAGAGCAGCAAAAAUGUCUGUAGAUAUUAUGAUUGAACUUUAUAAGAAGAACAUUUGGAAUGAUGUGAAGACUGUGAAUGUGAUAGCCACUGGAUGUUUCUCUAAAAUAACUAAGGUAAUGGUUACCUGUUUAAAAUUCUUCCUUGGGAAAGAUCCAGAUGAAAAAGACUCAGACGAUUCAGAUUCUGAUAAUGAAGUUGAUCCAAAAGAGGUAAUGAUGGCUAACAAAUUCAAUAAGAAGACAAGAAAAAGGGAAAAACAACUGGACAAAGUAAAAAAGUUAGCCAAAAAACAACAAAAAAAGAAAUCAGCAGCUCCAGCUUUUAACUUUUCUGCAGUUCAUCUACUUCACGAUCCUCAAGGUAUGGCUGAAAAACUUUUUAAACAACUAGAAACCACCAACAAGAGAUUCGAAGUAAAGCUUCUCACAUUGGAUGUUAUCUCACGGCUUAUAGGCCUACAUGACCUCUUUCUAUUUAACUUCUAUCCAUACAUUCAAAGAUUUAUGCAGCCACAUCAGCGUGAAGUCACCAGGAUCUUACAGUUUGCAGCCCAAGCUAGCCAUGAGCUUGUACCACCAGAUGUGCUACAGCCUGUACUGAAAACUCUAGCUAAUAAUUUCAUAACUGAAAGAAAUUCGUCUGAUGUUAUAGCUAUUGGUUUAAAUGCUGUCAGAGAGAUUUGUGCUAGGUGUCCCUUGGCCAUGGAUGAGGAUUUGGUGCAAGACUUGGCGCAAUAUAAAACUUAUAGGGAUAGAUCUGUUAUGAUGGCAUCAAGAUCUUUAAUUCAACUCUUCAGAAAUGUACGCCCUGAACUUUUACAUAAAAAAGAUAGAGGUCGACCUACAGAAGCAACAGAAGAAAUGGACCAGCUUGAUUAUGGAAAAAUUAAAGCCCACGACUUUAUACCAGGUGCAGAAGUGUUGCUUUCAACAGAAAAAACUCACAUAGAAGUCAAUUCAGAUUCGGAAUCAGCAUCUGAUGAUGAAGAAUGGAUUGAUAUCCAACAUUCGGGAGAUGACGAUAAUAAUGUAGGUAGUGAAGGUGAUGCAGAUGAAGAAGAUGAGGAGGAUGAUGAUGAUGAUGAAGGAGAGGAAGAUGAUUUUAAUGAAGGCGAUAGUCAAGUUAAAGAAAAGAAAAAAUCCAAAGUUGAAAAGCAAGCUGAGAAAUCGAAAAAUAAAGCAGAAGCAAUAAAGUUAAAGAAAGAACAAGCCCAAAAAAUCAGUUUAGAGAAAAUCUUGACAGAUGAAGAUUUUAAAAAGAUUGAUGCAGCAAAUCUAAGGAAGCAGGUAGUUAUAGCAAAAAAAGGCAUAAAACGAAAGCUAGAAGAAACACCAGUUGGAAAUCCCUCAGAAAUAGUGAAACUGAGUGACAUUGAAAAUAUUUAUAAAAAAAGGAAACACGACAAACAAACAAGGAUAGAAAGUGUAAAAAGAGGACAAGAGGGUCGGGAGAAAUUCGGUUAUAAAGAUGGGAGAGUAAAUGAAAAUUGUUCUAAGACAAAUAGAGAGAAGAGGAAAAACAAAAACUUCCAGAUGAUUAGACAUAAAGUUAAAGGGAAAGUAAAGAGAAGUUUCAAAGAUAAACAAAUUGCGUUGAGAAACCAUUUAUUGAAGUUGAAGAAAAUGAAAUAGUUUGUUUGUAUAGUUUAUAAAUAAAGUUGAUAUUUUUAAGUUA